UUAGUUUUAAAAAACUUAAAUGUUUUAAGGCAAUCAGUUUCCUCAAACUUUUGAGUUACCCUAACUUGUUGGGUUUUACAGUGUACUAGACACCGGAAAUACUUCAGCAGCCACAUUAGUUUUCCAAACCACAGCAGUGCCUGGCAGCCCGUAACCUGACCUAAACUGACCAGCGACCAUAUACAUGCUUAGGAAGUCUGCGCUGGAGAGACCUAUGUAAAGACAGAGAGAGAAAAAAAGGAUGGCCCAGCUGGAUGUGUUCUCUGAGCAGGAGCUGACCUGCUCCAUCUGUCUGGAUCUCUUCAGCGAGCCGGUCUCCACGCCAUGCGGACACAACUUCUGCCAGGGCUGCAUCGGGGGCUACUGGGCCUCCAGCUCCGUCUGCAGCUGCCCACUGUGCAAACGGGUGUUUGAGGAGCGUCCUGAGCUCAGCAUAAACCGGGUGUUCGCACACAUCGCCCAGAAAUAUAAAGAGAUGCAAUACGGCGGGCCUCCUCAACCGAAGCCAAGGCAAAAUGCGGUUAUUACCGGAGCUUCUCUGGAUGAUGCCGAGCAGAUUUUAUGUGACGUCUGCAGCGGGAAGAAAAAGAAAGCCGUGCGUUCCUGUCUUACGUGCACUGCGUCGUACUGCGAGCUUCACGUGGUGCCACAUCAGCAGACGUCGUUCUACGCCUCGCAUCGACUGCUGGAUCCUCAGGAGGCCCUGCGAGGGCGCACCUGCCCGGAGCACCACCGGCUGCUGGAGGUGUACUGCCGCACGGAUCAGAAGUGCAUCUGUGCCAUCUGCGUGCUGGAGGAGCACCGCACACACACCACAGUCUCAGUGCAGACAGAACGCUCCAGCAAACAGAGACUCCUGGGAAAAACAGAACUGGACCUUCAGACUUGUAUUGACAAAAGAAAUGCCCAGCUGACUGAGCUGAAGAGCAAACUACACGCCUUGCAGAGUUACGCUCAGGCUGAGCUGUCCGAGGUGGAGCAGGUCCUGUCUGACGUCACACUCUCAGUUAAUCGCAUCCGCAGCGAGCUGGGGGGCGGGAUUGAGGAGAAGAGAGAGGCUGUGAUUGGACGAGGACAAAGCAUCGUCACGCAGCUUGAGUCAAAGUUAGCUCAGCUGCAGGAGCGCAGAGGCCGACUAGAGGCACAGGCUGUUUCAGACGACCAUAUCGCCUUCCUUCAGAGUUUUGAGGAAGCCAACAGUCCCCUGCAGGACUCAGAUAUGGAUAUGCGUGAGGUGGAUGAGCUGACUCUGCGCUUCUCACUUGGGGACGUGAAAGCAGCUUUAGGAGAGAUCCGGGAAAGACUGGAUGACAUACGCUGUGGGGAAGUGCAUUACCGACACUCCGUGUCAUCGUUAGCAGAGAGUGAGAGUAUGAUGAGCGUUCGAUCGAUGCGGAGGAAGGAGUGGUCACUGAAAGACCUACGGAAAUUAAAAAUAGGCCACAAAAAGGUUAAAACCUAUCUUGAGGAGGUAACGCUGAAUCCGACCACAGCGUACCCGUUCCUGAUCCUGUCGGACGACCGCAAGCAGCUGAAGCGUGGCGAGAAGCUGCAGUUCUACAGGAACAACUCGCAGCGCUUCGAUGUUUGGUCCUGUGUGCUCGCCAAAGACGGCUACGAAUCCGGAAGACACUACUGGGAGGUCAGUGUUGGUGAGAAUAAGGACUGGAAGCUGGGAGUGGUGCGAGAGACGGCCCCGAGGAAGGGUCUGUUUGACAUGACCCCUGCUAUCGGCUACUACGCGCUGUGGUGGAGCGGCAACCAUUUACGCGCUCUGACCGCGCCGCCCCUCGCUAAGGUCAAAGUCACGGGUCACCUGCGCCGUAUAGGCGUCUAUCUGGACUGUGAGGAGGGUCAGCUGGUCUUCUUCAAUGCCAAGACAGGAUCUGAGGUGUAUUCAUUCACGGUGGCGUUCUCGGAGAAACUGUUCCCGCUGUUCGGCACGGGCGAUAAAGAUGUGCCGCUGAUGCUGAUGUCUCCGUUUGCCAGCCUCCCAGAAUGAGAAUGUGUGAAGAGCAAAGGCUGCUCAUCUUUGCAGGGAAUGAGUUCAGGACAAUGGAAAGAGAGUCGGUUUACCUGCUCGGGGUUUAUGGAAAGCACAAACUAUGAAGUGAAAUGAAGUUGAAAUCACAAACUCGCCACAGCGGAUCAGCUUAAAAGUUUGGAAUCACUAAGACAUUUUCAUUUAAUUAUGUUUUGAAUGAUGGCAUCAGUGAAAUAAUGCAAGUGUUGGGUUACCACAGCACAAAAAAAAGAAGAAAAAAGAACCAUAAAGUGUUUCAUUCACAUGUCAAGGCCGGAACACACCAAGCCGACUUCAAAGAACUAGCGCACAGACUUCAGCCGACGGCAAACUAACACGUGCGUUCUGCGCAUGCGUGAGAGGAAUUAACUGUCUAUAAGCAGCUAUCAAUAGUAUUCCUCACUCAAAAGGAGAAAUCAAAACAAAGAUAUACGAGAUAAAAACGUAAACAAAUCAGAGCUUGCUUACCAUUUUGAAUAUCAGUAACAUUGAUAACUUUAAUCAUUUUAAGCAGCUCAUGUUGUCAUGAAAACAUUGGGGUAUUAGAAUGAUUGGGAAAGAUCACGUAACAUUUAAACAGCCUUCUGUCUGUACCGCCUUCGUUUACGAGCUCGUUUUCAUCACUUUCACUGACUCGUUCGCUAAACUGAACAUCCAAUCAGAGCUCUCCCUGUCGCCGACGGCCCGAUUAGGAACACACCAAACAAAUUAGCCGACCGUCGGCUUGGUGUGUCCCGGCCUUCAGUAAUAUACCUACAUCCUUUCCAUUUUAAAUAUUUUAAAUAAUCAUAACAUUAUCUUAUUUAAAUGCAUCAAUCGCCGUGUCAACUGUAUUACAUCCCAGCAAUGAAUUCUAAAGGAAGAUCCAUUGGAAAUGUCAUUAAACCUUCAUUUUGUUUACAGAAUUAUGGCGCAAGGUUUACUAAAUUGAAAAGGUAUUAUGUGAUAUUUUUGUUUUCAUUCGGUAGGCUAAUUAAUUUAAUUUACUUAAGAGUUUUUAGUAAACUAAACAGUAAUUUAAUAUUGGAUUUUCAUUGCAAAAAAGGCUACUGUUUCCUUAUCUGUUUUAAUAUUGUUUUAUAAAUAUUGUAUUUUUAUUGUUAUGUUCAUUUAUUUUUCAUUUAAUACAUUGUGUGUCUAGAGAUUGGCAAUAUUUAAUAGCAGACUAAUAUAAUUUAGUGGAGUGGUCACUGAAUGCAUUUGCUUGACAGAGUGAAUACAGAUUUUUGUUUGUUUACCGUAAGAUCUCGUCUAGGGUCCCGACAUGGUCAUAAACAGCCCUGUUUCUCACCGAAUGAUGUUUUAUUAACAAGGUUCGGGAGGAGCGUGUCAGAUACUUAGCCUAAUUAACGCAAGAGGAGUGCACUCAAAUUAGUCAACACCAAUAGGUAUUCUGGGUUCGGGCCAUUCCCGAGCUCGGAGCCCUUCCCCGGACAGCACGCCAAAUAUGCAUUACUAUACUCCAGAUUGUUAUAUGUAAGUGUGAACUCGUGAAACAUACUUGUGACUAUCCUAACCAGUGUCUUGAGAAAGAAAGAAAACUGUAAUUCUCUUUGCCAGCACAGAGAGAGCUGAACAUGCGAGAGUCCUCUAGUUAGAUGCUGUAGAUUUGCACUAAACACCAGUCUUAUUUGCAAGAGUGAAGAGAAGAUAUGGUAUGCUGACUUUAUUGCACAAUCUUAAAGCAGAGCCAUAUCCUACACGAGGCAAAUAUGAAGGCUGGAAUGCACAGUUAUUAUAGAUGAAUGAAUCAGAGUUUGAGGUCUUGUGGGAAGAGUUUGAUUGUAAGUUUGAUGAGGAGCACCAUAAUCCAGCAAUAAAUAGAGGGUAUGAACAAUAGCAUCUAUUUGAAAUGGAAUAUUUGUAAUCUUAUCAGUGUCUUGUACCCAAUUUAAUGCAAUCUUGGUGAAAGAAAAGUUGUACUUUCCUUCAGAAAUGAAUGUUAUAUAUGAAUAUUUAUAGGAGCAGUGACACAAAGGAAAUUUCCAUGACAGUUUCCCCCAAAUUCUAACUUAAAAUAAAUGAAUAAAUAAUUUAAUGUC